CGCCUUGGCCUUGGUGUUAUUGUUGCCGUUGCCGCCGCUGCCUCUCUCCAACCGCCCGGUAGCAGCUGCAGCCGCCGAUGCCCCGCUUCUCCCAACCAACUGCCGACACACGCGCACACAGGGCGCCGCCAUCUUGUGUCGCCGCGCAUUGCCUUGUGGGAGAGGCCAAGCAUUAACCAAAUAAAUAAAGAACAAAACAUCAAGGAGAAUCCGCUGCAAAAUGCCGUGAUAUUCUUGUCUUCCAUAGUGAUAUUUUGUUCUUAAUUAUUGCAGCAAGAUAUUAUUUUUAACGUGGGCUCUCAUAUUAACACACACAUCCCCCCCCCCACUCCCAGUUGCCCAGAUCCUCCUCCCUCCCUCCCUCCCCAUGUGAGCGCCGUCGCUGAAGUGAAGAUGCUGAUACGAUUUUAACGCCGCUUUAAAAAAAAUAAUAAUUUACCACAAGGACAGGCAGCAAAAUGUUUAUUGGGAAAGAAAUCCCUUGGAAGCGCUUGGAAAGUAUUUCGUUCAGCGUGUAUUCGCAGGAGGAGAUCAGGAAAUUGAGUGUCAAAGCCAUCACUAAUCCGAAUCUCUUGGACAAUGUGGGCAAUCCAGCAGCAAAUGGUCUGUAUGAUCUGGCGUUGGGUCCAGCUGAUUCCAAAGAAGUCUGCGGUACCUGUGCUCAGGAUUUUACCAAUUGCCCGGGACACAUGGGCCACAUAGAGCUCCCGCUGACAGUCUACAACCCCUUAUUUUUUGAUAAACUCUACUUCAUGAUCAGAGGCUCCUGCCUGAAUUGUCAUAUGCUGACAUGUCCUCGUGCAACAAUGUACCUGCUACAAAAUCAGCUGCAAAUUGCAGAUUCUGGGGCUAUUGAAAAUGUUUAUGAAUUAGAGAGAAUAUUGAAUGGGGUGCUGGAAAGGAACUCUAAGGCCACAACAGAUGAAAUCCAGGAAGCACUGAAUGCACAUACCCAGAUGGUGCUGAAGAAUUGUGUGUCUUGUAAAUUUUCCCAAGUGAAAAAUGUAACUGACUGCAAGGAUAGAUUAAUAAGAGAUUUCUGGAAAAACUACAUGAAAUCACGAAAAUGCCCAAACUGCAAUGCCCGUAAAUCAAUUGUGCGAAAGGAACACAACAGCAAACUAAUAGUGACGUACCCCACGACUGCACUCAAAACCAAAUCGCAAAAAAAAACAAAUAAAACAGAGGAAGAAAGUGGAGGAAUCGAUGAUUCGCUCUUUGGAAAACGAGGAGUCCUGACACCCAUCACAGCCAAAGAACAUGUUAUGGAACUGUGGAAUAAUGAUGGCUUCUUCCUGAAGUGUCUGUUUUCUGGCAUGAAAACGCAUGGAAGCUCAAAAUCCAACUGGAACCUAGACAUGUUUUUCCUUGAUCUUCUUCUUGUGCCUCCUUCCAGAUUUCGUCCAAUUAAUCGGCUUGGAGACCAGAUGUUUACCAAUGGACAAACUGUUAAUCUGCAAUCAGUGAUGAAAGAUGUCCAUGUGAUACAUAAACUUCUGAUCUUAAUAGCACAGGAAAGGGCCAAGCUGGAACAGCAUGAUCAGACAGAGGAGACAGCAGCUCUAGAAGAGGACACUCAGUCUAAGAUGGACCUUGCCUUCUUGGCUGGUAUUUCGGGACAGACACUGACGGACAAACUAUACAGUGCCUGGAUAUUCCUCCAAAGCCACGUAAACAUUGUUUUUGACAGUGAGAUGGAUAAGCUGAUUACUGACAAGUUUCCUGGUAUUCGGCAGAUCUUGGAAAAGAAGGAUGGGCUCUUCCGCAAGCACAUGAUGGGGAAACGUGUGGAUUACGCUGCCCGGUCUGUCAUCUGCCCCGACAUGUACAUCAACACCAAUGAGAUCGGUAUCCCCAUGGUCUUUGCUACAAAACUGACUUAUCCUCAACCAGUGACACCUUGGAACGUGCAGGAGCUGAGGCAGGCAGUGGUAAAUGGGCCGAAUAUACAUCCAGGGGCUUCCAUGGUCAUCAAUGAAGAUGGAACACGGACUAUUCUCAAUGCAAGCAAUACAAGCCAGAGAGAGGCCAUCGCCAAACAACUACUGACUCCCAGUACUGGAGAGCAGAACUCAGGGUUGAAAAUUGUGUGUCGGCACAUUAAGAACGGUGACGUCCUGCUGCUGAACCGCCAACCCACGCUGCAUAGGCCUUCCAUCCAAGCCCACCGGGCGCGGGUUCUACCUGGGGAGAAAGUCCUGCGGCUUCACUAUGCCAACUGCAAAGCCUACAACGCUGACUUUGACGGCGACGAGAUGAAUGCUCACUUCCCACAGAAUGAACUGGGGCGAGCAGAGGCCUACCUGCUUGCCAGCACUGACCAACAGUAUUUGGUUCCCAAGGACGGCAAACCUUUGGCAGGUUUGAUUCAGGAUCAUAUGGUUUCUGGUGCAAGCAUGACGAUCCGUGGUCGAUUUUUCACACGGGAACAGUACAUGGAACUUGUCUAUCGGGGUCUUACAGACAAAAAGGGACGUGUGAAAAUCCUUCAGCCGGCAGUGAUCAAACCUUAUCCACUAUGGACUGGAAAACAGGUGGUUUCGACAUUGCUGAUUAACGUAAUCCCUGAGGAUCAAACACCACUGAACUUGAUAGGAACAUCUAAAAUCAAUGGGAAGGCUUGGGUUAAAGAAGCUCGGCGAUUGACGAUGGACUUUGAUUCAGAAUUGAUGUCCGAGUCCAAGGUUAUUAUUCUGGAAGGAGAACUGCUUUGUGGUGUUCUGGACAAAGCUCACUAUGGCAGUUCAGCUUAUGGGCUAGUCCACUGUUGCCAGGAGCUGUAUGGUGGCGAGACCAGUGGAAAACUACUGACCUGUUUGGCACGACUCUUUACUGCUUAUCUCCAGCUCUACCGGGGAUUUACUUUAGAUGUUGAGGACAUUCUAGUGAAGCCCAAGGCAGACGCAAAGCGAAAAAAAAUCAUUGCACAACUGGCGCAGUGUGGAGCCAAGGCCAUCCGAAAUGCAUUUAAUUUGCCAGAGUCUGCCUCAUGUGAAGAAGCUCAGGAUAAGUGGCAAAAUGCUCACCUCAGUAAAGAUCCCAGGGACAUGAAUGUAGUGGACCUGAAAUUUAAAGAAGAAGUGAAUCAGUACAACAACCAGAUCAACAGGGUGUGCAUGCCUCUGGGUCUUCACAGACAGUUUCCAGAGAACAACCUUCAGCUCAUGGUACAGUCUGGUGCAAAGGGCUCGGCUGUAAAUACCAUGCAGAUUUCGUGUCUUCUUGGACAGAUUGAGCUGGAAGGACGGCGACCUCCAUUGAUGCCCUCUGGAAAAUCAUUGCCCUGUUUCCAACCUUACGACUUCACUCCACGUUCUGGCGGUUUUGUAACUGGCCGCUUUCUUACUGGUAUCAGCCCUCCGGAAUUUUUCUUUCACUGCAUGGCUGGCAGGGAAGGUCUGGUAGACACGGCUGUAAAAACCAGUCGUUCUGGGUACCUUCAAAGAUGCAUUAUAAAACAUCUGGAGGGGCUGGUGGUGCAAUAUGACCUGACCGUACGAGACAGUGAUGGCAGUGUUGUGCAGUUCCUUUAUGGUGAGGAUGGCUUGGAUAUCCCAAAGACUCCGUUCCUGCAGCCAAAACAGUUUCCUUUCAUUACUGAUAACUACGAGGUCAUCAAAAAGUCAAAGCGCUUGGAAGAGGUAUUACAUAAAAUGGAUUGUGAGGCUGCAGCCAAGCACCAUAAAGCAGUAAAGAGAUGGAAGUCGAGGCACUCUGCUCCCUCCCCUCGUCUCGGUGCUUUCCUGCUGUUUUCACAGAAAAAGCUGAGUGAAAUCAAGGAGGUGACUCCAGAAGGGAAGAUGUUGUAUACCAGAGAUCCUGUAACCCAGCGAUUGCAGGAGCUUUGGGAGUCGCUGGAUUCAAGGAGCAAAAAUAAAUAUUUGAAGAAGGCUGCUCACUGUCCUGACCCCUGCAAUUCUGUUUAUCGUCCGGAUAUUUACUUUGGUUCAGUUUCAGAAGACUUUAAUGACAUUGUGCAUAAAUACUUAAAUGAAAAGGAAUUCAAUGCUCCCAGAAAAUCCAGCAAGUCAGAGCUGUCACCAGAAUGGUAUUUAUCACGUGUAUUAUCUGAUCUAUUUUCUCUUUCCAAAAGGUUGCGUGAAAUUCUACUGGUGGCAAGUGCUAACAUUAAAACUCCGAUGAUGACCAUUCCUGUGCUGAACACCAAGAAAGCAUUGAAGAAGGUUAAAAAGUUGAAGAAGCAGCUUACAAGGGUGUGUUUGGCAGAGGUUUUGCAUAAAAUUGAGGUGAAGGAUUCCUUUCAGGUUCAAAGUAGACUGGAGAAGUUCAGGAUUUAUAGAGUAAAAUUUUAUUUUCUGGAUUACGAACUGUAUCAAAACGAGAAAUGUUUGACACCGGAUGAUCUAUUGCACUACAUGGAAACCAGGUUCUUUCGACUACUGCUUGAGAAGAUUAAAAAGAUAAGCGCUAAACUGGGUUCAAUUAAAGUUGUGAGUACACGGAAAGCUACACAGAAGGAUCUGGAUAAUGACUCAGGAGAAAAUGAUGCAAAGCAGACACAGGAUGACCAUGAGCCGGCUGGUGAGGAGGAAGUCCAAAUCGUUGACGCAGAACCGGAUGAAGGAGAUGCUGAUGCCGCAGAUGCCAAACGCCGUGAAAAACAGGAAGAAGAGAUUGAUUACGAGAGUGAAGAAGAGGAGGCCAUGGAUGAUGCAGACGAACUGGAUGAGAAGGAAGAUGAAGAUCUUCCUGAGGACGAGCAACAUGAACUCAUCGACCAAGAUUCUUCUGAACACUUUGAGCCUGCAAAGAGCAAAAAAGCAACGAGUAGGAAAAAGGAUACCACAGGGAUGAUCGUAGACCCAAGAGUAAAUGCAGUGUUAAAUUUAAAUCCUGCUAUUGAGGCUUAUAAAUAUGAUGAUAGUGACAGUCUUUGGUGUGAGGUUACACUGAAGCUGCCGAUCAUGAAGGUGCACUUUGACCUCUCCUCACUGAUCAUGUCAGUGGCACAAAACGCAGUUGUUUACGAGACCAGAGGAAUCACUCGUUGCCUCUUGAAUGAAACGGCCAACAAGAGAGGAGAGAAAGAAACUGUUUUGAACACAGAGGGAAUAAACCUGACCGAGAUGUUCAAGUAUGAUGAUAUCUUGGACCUCAGCCGCCUGUACUCAAACGAUAUCCACUCUAUUGCCAGCACGUAUGGCAUCGAGGCUGCUCUUAGAGUCAUAGAAAAAGAAAUCAAAGAUGUGUUUGCUGUUUACGGUAUCCAAGUGGACCCACGACAUCUUUCUCUCGUGGCAGAUUACAUGUGCUUUAAUGGAUCGUACAAACCAUUUAAUCGCAUUAGCAUUCAGUCAAGCUCUUCGCCACUUCAGCAGAUGACCUUUGAAACCAGCUACAAGGUUUUAAAACAAGCAACUAUGCUAGGCUCUCAUGAUGAAUUGAAAUCUCCAUCAGCCUGCCUAGUGGUUGGGAAAGUGGUCCGUGGUGGCACGGGGCUUUUUGAUUUGAAGCAGCCUCUUAAGUGACUCAUCUGAUUAAAGGGUAAAAUAUUCUUGGAAGUAGAAACAGACAGGAAAUUAUGUUUUGGAUAUUUUUAUUGUACAUCCUGUCAGACUCCAGAUCAACGAAGACAAGACGCAGAGGAAUACAAAAAUAACACAAGCCCACGUGUCUAAAGUGGCUGUUUACUGCUUCGAGCUAUUUGCUAAUGAAAGGGGUGGGGUGGGAGGAAAAAUACCCACCCCCUCCCCAUACAGAAAGCACAAAUGGAUCAAAGUGCAACAGAAGAUGAAUGUGAAUGCUCAAAGCUGGCAGUGGCAAAAUAGGGGAGGGUUUUUUUCAGAAGUACUGCUGCUUUAUGCCAUUACAACGCUGCUGUGUGAGGAAGCAGUAACUCCACUAUUGUGCCUAGGUGGUUAUUUGAAUAAAAUUCUACCAAGCCUCAAUGAAGGCAAUAAAGAUGUGCUUUGGAUGAAA